CCUGCACACCCUUUUUCUCCAGCGGGCGAUUGAACCCAUUGCCUUACCUGUUUUAGCGGCUCACUGAACGCGUGCCGCGCAGCUGCUCCCGGAACGAGAAGGCGCUAUAUCAACCUGCCUCGAAAGUGCAGAUUCAGAUCGCACUUGCCCAGCUUGUUUUAUGUUACAGAUGCAUAGUACCUUCCUCAGGGCUUUUGUUCAAACUCGGUUUUACUUAUGAUCACGGAAGCAACGCCUGGACUGACGGUGCCAUCCAUUGAGAAGCUCGUCACAUCAAUCGCAUCCCUGCACAAAGCUGAGACGAAGCUCGACAGCAGUGCUGGGCGCAAAGGAGUCGCGCAACCCGUCGCGCAACCCGUCGCAGCGCGGUUCAGAUCCAAGAUGGCUACGCACGCGGCCUUUCCUUCCUCUGGCGGGCCUGGUCAGAGUGUCGUCAACGGCGUUAUGGCGGCUGUUUCGCCCUCUCCUUCGCCCAAUGUUUCUGACUCAACUCUGCCCAACAGCGCGCCAGCAUCGCGUCCAGCUUCAAGCGGCUCCCGUCUUUCGGCGCCACCCGUGACAGCAUCGAUGGCUGUGCCGUCUCCAUACAUGCAUGCCACUCAUGCUCCUGGAUCUCAUAGCUCACCACCGCUACCUCAGCAUAUGCCACAUAAUGGUUUUCCCUAUCAACCGCAACCUGGUGGCUUGCAAGCUCCCCCUCCUCAGCAAGCACAUCCUUAUCACCACCGUGCGCAACACCUCCCUCAUCAACAACCCAUAGGACCGCCUUCCAACUUUGCGCCACCUCCGCCACCACCAGUCAGAGGAGAUGUUCCCUCACCGAACAAAGGGUUGACAUCGCCAACUGCAACCAACACCGUGCAGGGCUCGCCAGAGUACCAUAACCUCGUGAACAUGGUCUCGGCGGCCAGUCCUGAAACCGUUCGUCAGGUCAUCAGAGAUCGAUGGGAGAAAGCGCUUCUGGGUUCACAGUAUCACGUUGCAUUCCUUCUACGUUCAAGCGGCUCCGUCAAGCACUCAUCUUUCAUGCCAACUGUAGCAUUUUAGUUGUUCUUUAUCCCCACCUCCACAUGUUCCUGAUUCACGCCGGAUUGUAGCUAUUUCUCUUCUGCUUGAAACCCAAUCGCGCUUAUCAUCUCGCCGAG